UUUCAAUAUCUCCUAAUAGGUUCCCUCUAGUUCAGCUAGCUAGUGAAGGGUUUUUCAUAGCGACAGUACAAAAACAAAAUCAAAUAGUUCAUAGCAAUAAAAGCCAAAUCAAAUAAACUAAUAAUGGCCCAAUGAGAUGAAGGAAGAUCCACCCUCCAUUACAUUCAUCCUACUUUCUUCCCACACAUCUUAUCUUAUCACAUUCAUAUCCUAAGGUCGAUUCAACUCACUCAUCUUUGGCCAAUCCCAUUCCCUUUUACAAACGCCAAACUUUUCUUCUUCCUCCCAUCUCCCAGCACUCAACAAUUCUGUGUGAAUCUGUAAAUUCAGCUCAAAUGAAGAAGUUUGAGAUGGUUUUCAUACCUGCCCCAGGAAUGGGUCACCUUGCUUCCACAGUAGAAAUGGCCAAUGUUCUUGUCACUCGAGAUCCUCGUCUCUCUGUCACAGUGCUCGCCAUGAAGCUGCCCUACGAUCUCAAAGUUGCUGAAUGUAUCGACUCACUUUCUAUGUCUUUCACAGGCAAAUCUAUACAAUUCAUCGUCCUUCCUGAACCGUCCCUUCCAGAAGAAAGUAAAAAGGACUUCAUUGUGCUGGUUGAAAGCUACAAAGCUUAUGUCAGAGAGGCUGUCGCCAACUUGGUUGGCUCUGAGACAAGUCUUGACUCGCCUCAGCUAGCUGGGUUUGUCAUUGACAUGUUCUGUACAACCAUGAUCGAUGUGGCUAAUGAAUUUGGGGUUCCUUGUUAUGUGUUUUAUACCUGCAGCGCUAGCUUUCUGGCUUUUAGUGUUCAUCUUCGAGAGCUUUACGACCAGAAUGAUAGCAAUGAGGUGGUGGAACAGUUGCUGAACUCGGAUACUGAGUUCAUUACUUUGCCAAAUUUUGCUAAUCCCAUUCCGAGUAAACUCAUUCCUAGUCUCUUCUCCAACAAGGACAAGGCCAUUUGGUUUCAUAACCAUAUUAAGAGAUUUAGAUCAGAAAUCAAAGGGAUUCUUGUCAAUACAUUUAUGGAAAUGGAAUUUCAUGCCAUGGAGUCCAUAUCGAGUAAUGGCAGAGUCUUCCCACCGCUAUACUUCGUUGGACCCAUUUUGCAUUUGAAAAACACAGGGGUUGCUGGAUCAAGUGAGGCUGAAAAUUAUGAAGAAAUAUUACAAUGGCUUGAUGGUAAACCUCCAUCAUCAGUGGUUCUCGUGUGUUUUGGGACCAUGGUGAGCUUUGAUGAAGAUCAGGUGGUGGAGAUAGCAAAUGCAUUGGAGGAAAGUGGGGUUGGCUUCAUAUGGUCCCUUAGGCAGCCCCCACCAAAGGGUAAGUUCGAAGCGCCGAGAAACUACACCGACAUCAAAGACGUCCUACCGGAGGGAUUUCUCGAUAGAACAGCAGAUAUUGGGAGAGUGAUCGGAUGGACGUCACAGGUGGAGCUAUUGGCACACCCCUCUAUAGGAGGAUUCGUGUCACAUUGUGGUUGGAACUCAAUUAUAGAAAGUGUAUGGCAUGGAGUGCCGAUGGCGACAUGGCCUAUGCACGCCGAGCAACAAUUCAAUGCCUUCGAGAUGGUGAAGGAAUUGGAAUUAGCUGUGGAGAUCACAUUAGAGUAUAGAAUUACUUUUGGUGAAGGUAAGCCGAGAUUGGUGAGUGCAGAAGAGAUAAAGAAUGGAAUCAGGACAUUGAUGGGAGAAGAAAGUAAUGAGAUAAGGAAGAAAGUGAAAGCCAAAAGUGAAGAGAGUAGGAAAAGUGUGAAGGAAGGUGGAUCCUCCUUUAUCUCAUUAGGCAAAUUUAUAGACAACGUUUUGGCCAACUCGCCAGGAGGAGGAAGCUAAAGGAUGCAGUUUCAUAUGCUUAAAAUAUAUACAUAUAUUUUGUGUACCUCCAUCACA